AUGGAAUAUUUGGUUAGAUCACUAAUAAUGUGGAGUGUUUUGAAUGAAUCAGGGCAUUUUUUUGUCAUGGUUUACAUACAUUAGUUAAAUUAUUAUGUUUGCAUUGACAAAUUAUAUUAUAGGUUGUGAUGUGCUCUUGAGGUGAAUAUUACUUAAGAUCUAGAUGUUAUAAUUGGUUGUUUGAUAGAAUCUCAGUAGGUGCUUCAUGUUUGGUUGGGUCGCUGUUGGCCCUGUGUACUGAGGUGCUUUCAGUUCGCUUGAACGUUUUCUACAUUGCGGAACGGUUUCUACUGAACGACACGUUUCCCCAAAACGGUCUUGAACAGACUUUUGAGGUACGUUUGCUCCCGUUUGGUGGGUGUGGCUUGAAGCGAUGAGUGAUGUAUUUAAAGGGCAGUGGCCAUGCUGACAGCGUUCCCCAACCCACAAACCCUCCCCAUUUUUCCACUCGUUCAGUACAGCACCAUUUCCGAAAUUGAACGUUCCAGAACGUAAAAACGUGCUGAACGCAGCCCUGAUGUGGGACGUGCACCCAUAGGACUUAUUUGGCUCCCUCUACUGUUUUACAGCAGGUAAUGUAGUUUGUGAAAGUUUGUAGGCUAUUUUAGGAAUUGAAUGAAUACAAAGAUAAUUUUAGUGUGGGAAACUUUUUAAUAUUGUGGAAAGGUCAUCAAAAAGAAAGGAGGACCAAGGCACUCUUCACAUAAUUAAUUAAAAUGCCUUUAUUAGUAUGGCAUGUUCAAUAGAAACAAGGUUUUAAAAAAUUCCGACGUGUUUUGGCUGCAUGGCCUUCGUCAGGGAGUGUCUACCAACAUUUACUAUUGUGUACCUUAGUAGCGCUUCCCUUCGUCCUCUUUCUACUAAUUGUGGAAAGGUCUUUCAACAUGACAAUAAUAAUAUGGACAUAACACGCACCCCAGAUUGAGAACCACUGUUCUAGGUUACCUCCAGCAAGUUCUCCUGCAUGGGCUUAUGUUGUGAAGUAUUUUUAAAGAUCAGUGCAAGAGGAUUGGUUUGAGAGAAUGGGCUUGUUAUUACCAAAGUUAAUCUGAGCACACUAUGGUGAUAUGAGUCUUCGGUUUCCUCUCCACAAAAGGCAUUAGCGGCGUUUUGUGUGUAGUCUUUUCAAUACUACAGGAACUCCAUACUCCGUUUAUUUAACAUGUCACACGUUCUGCAGCUUUUUCUACUUUGUGUUAUAGGCCUAGGUCCCUCAAACUCAACUCUGUACCUCGAACUCAGGUUCCACUGCAUUUGUUUAUUGUUCCCCUCUAAUCAGGAACUGAUUUAGACCUGGGACACCAGGUGGGUGCAAUUCAUUCAGGUAGAACAGACAACCAGCAGGCACCGGACCUCGUAGGUUAAGAGUUGAAUACCCCUGGCCUAGGUUAACAUUUCCUACAUACAAAUCCUAGAUGCAAUUGCCUGCUGUUGUGCCCUUGAGAAAGGCACUUAACCCACCAUAACAACUGCUCCGUAGGCACCUAGUGUGUCAGCCCACUGCUCCGACCUCUCCAACCUGUAUGUAUGUCUUUCAGAGGGGUUGGGAUGAAGUGAGAGUCAAAUUUUCCAUUAGACCUUGUGUACAAUUGGAAGAAUAAAGUGAUCCUAAUCUUAAUUUGUUGAGCCAAAUCAGUGUUUGACAAUAGUAGGUGGGAGGUCGGAGAAACUGUAAAUAAACUGGGCUUUUUAUUGAAAAAGGCAAUGAUUGCAUAGCUUCUCAAAUGAAAAUCCAGCAGUAUAAAAGGGUGGUACUAUACUGAACAAAAAUAUAAACGCAACAUGUAAAGUGUUGGUCCCAUGUUUCAUGAGCUGAAAUACAAGAUCCCAGAAUCUUUCUAUACGCACAAAAAGCUUAUUUCUCUCAAAUCUUGUGCACAAAUUUGUUUACAUCCCUGUUAGUGAACAUUUCUCCUUUGCCAAGAUAAUCCAUCCACCUGACAGGUGUGGCAUAUCAAGAAGCUGAUUUAAAAAGAGCAUGAUCAUUACACAAGUGUGCCUUGUGCUGGGGACAAUAAAAGGCCACUCUAAAAUGUGCAGUUUUGUCACACAAUGCCACAGAUGUCUCAAGUUUUGAGGGAGCAUGCAAUUGGCCUGAAUUUGUCAGUACGUCCAACCGGCCUCACAACCGCAGACCACGUUUAACCAUGCCAUCCCAGGACCUCCACACCCGGCUUCUUCACCUGUGGGAUCGUCUUAGACCAGCCACCUGGACAGCUGAUGAAACUGAGGAAUAUUUCUGUCUGUAAUAAAGCCCUUUUGUGGGGAAAAAACCCAUUCUGAUUGGCUGGGCCUGGCUCCCAAUUGGGUGGGCCUAUGCCCCUGCCCAGUCAUGUGAAAUCCAUGGAUUAGGGCCUGAUUAAUUUAUUUCAAUUGACUGAUUUCCUUAUAUGAACUGUAACUCAGUAAAAUCAUUAAUUGCUGCUUGUUGUGUUUUAUAUUUUUGUUCAGUAUAAGUAAUGCAGUAAUGUUUUUAGACUGAAACUCCACAUAUUUUUGAUACCAUAGCAAUUCGGCCUCAGAAGACUCGAACCACUCUGGGUCGGAGUCUGGGAGUCAGUCGGAGAGUGAACAGGGCAGGGAGAGGAGAAGAUCGCACCACUCUGGAGAGUCCAACAGUUCCUCUGAAUCUGGGAGCCAGUCCGGAUCUCAGAGUGAAUCCCAGCAGGCCUUAGCAGAGGUCAACGACAAACCACCAGUUAAAAAGAAAGACAAUCUGGCAGAUGUAAAGAAGGUAAACAAAGCAGGGCCUGUACUCCAAACUGGUUUUCCUGAGUUGUAUUUUGUAGGGCUGAAAGGCCCUUGAAAUUUUGGAAACAAAUAUUUCACACCAUCAAUUACACAACAGCUUUGAUGCGUGGACUCUGUGCAUAUUUAGAAAAGGAGUCAUGCCUCAAUUGGGAUGGAGACUGAAAAUGACAAGGAGAAAGUGAAGGCAAAGAUGCAAUGAUCUAAUUUGAUUUUUGUUUCCAGAUGUGGGAAGAGCAUCCAGAUGUCUAUGGGGUCAGGCGAUCAAAUCGCAGUAGGCAAGAACCUGCUCGUCUCAAUAUUGGAGCUGGGGUAAGAAGUGCAACAUGAAAUACUGCUGAAUGGAAAUCCAUAGAACAAACUUCCAUGUACUAAAAGUCCGACCCCACUGAAAAUGUAUUUUUUCCUCAAAGGGGUUUGCACGUGCAGAAGUUGCACCAUCUAGUGGAUAUGAUGUCGAUUUAUUGGCGUCUCAUUCAAUGUAGCUGCAACGUGUAGCGGCAAAGCAAUGCAAAGCCUAAUUUCUCAUUGAGAUGUAAUUAAUUUCAACACAUUUGCAGGGUAGCAGUGACUCAGAAGGUGAAUGUCCUAAAAGAAAAGUACCACGACAAAAGAAGAAAGAGUGAGUAUUGAGAUUAUUUGAUGUUUAUUAUUUCAUUCAUUUCAAGUGGUCGUCUUUGAGGUGUGUUUGGUGUCGUUAUCAUGUUAGAAUACUGCCCUGCGGCCCAGUCUCCGAAGGGAGGGGAUCAUGCUCUGCUUCAGUAUGUCACAGUACAUGUUGCCAUUCAUGGUUCCCUCAAUGAACUGUAGCUCCCCAGUGCCGGCAGCACUCAUGCAGUCCCACCACCAUGCUUGACUGUAGGCAAGACACACUUGUCUUUGUACUCCUCACCUGGUUGCCGCCACACAUGCUUGACACCAUGUAAACCAAAUAAGUUUAUCUUGGUCUCAUCAGACCACAGGACAUGGUUCCAGUAAUCCAUGUCCUUAGUCUGCUUGUCUUCAGCAAACUGUUUGCGGGCUUUCUUGUGCAGCAUCUUUAGAAGAGGCUUCCUUUUGGGACGACAGCCAUGCAGACCAAUUUGAUGCACUGUGCGGUGUAUGGUCUGAGCACUGACAGGCUGACCCCCCCACCCCUUCAACCUCUGCAACAAUGCUGGCAGCACUCAUACGUCUAUUUCCCAAAGACAACCUCUGGAUAUGACGCUGAACACGUGCACUCAACUUCUUUGGUCGACCAUGGCGAGGCCUGUUCUGAGUGGAACCUGUCCUGUUAAACCGCUGUAUGGUCUUGGCCACCGUGCUGCAGCUCAGUUUCAGGGUCUUGGCAAUCUUCCUAUAGCCCAGGCCAUCUUUUAUGUAGAGCAACAAUUCUUUUUUUCAGAUCCUCAGAGAGUUCUUUGCCAUGAGGUGCCAUGUUGAACUUCCUGUGACCCGUAUGAGGGAGUGUGAGAGCGAUGACACCAAAUUGAACACACCUGCUCCCCAUUCACACCUGAGACCUUGUAACACUAAUGGGUCACGUGACAUCGGGGAGGGAAAAUGGCUAAUUGGGCCCAAUUUGGACAUUUUCACUUAGGGGUGUACUCACUUUUGUUGUCAGCGGGUUAGACAUUAAUGGCUGUGUUGAGUUAUUUUGAGGGGACAGCAAAUGUACACUGUUAUACAAGCUGUACACUCACUACUUUACAUUGUAGCAAAGUGUCAUUUCGUCAGUGUCACAAGAAAAUAUAUACUCAAAUAUUUACAAAAAUGUGAGGGGUGUACUCACUUUUGUGAGAUAAUAAAUAUAUAUAUAUAUAUAUAUAUAUAUAUAUAUAUAUACAGUACCAGUCGAAAGGUUGGACACACCUACUCAUUCAAGAGUUUUUCUUUAUUUUAACUAUUUUCUACAUUGUAGAAUAAUAGUAAAGACAUCAAAACUAUGAAAUAACACAUGGAAUCAUGUAGUAACCAAAAAAGUAUUAAACAAAUCAAAAUAUAUUUGAGAUUCUUCAAAUAGCCACCCUUUGUCUUGAGGACAGCUUUGCACACUCUUGGCAUUCUCUUAACCAGCUUCACCUGGAAUCCCUUUCCAACAGUCUUGAAGGUGUUGCCACAUAUGCUGAGCACUUGGCUGCUUUUCCUUCACUCUGCGGUCCGAAUCAUCCCAAACCAUCUCAAUUUGGUUCAGGUCGUGUGAUUGUGGAGGCCAGGCCAUCUGAUGCAGCACUCCAUCACUCUCCUUCUUGGUAAAAUAGCCCUUACACAGCCUGGAGGUGUGUGGGGUCAUUGUCCUGUUGAAAAACAAAUGAUAGUCCCACUAAGCCCAAACCAGAUGGGAUGGUGUAUCGCUGCAGAAUGCUGUGGUAGCCAUGCUGGUUAAGUGUGCCUUGAAUUCUAAAUAAAUCACAGACAAUGUCACCAGCAAAGCACUAUCACACCUCCUCCUCCAUGCUUCACGGUGGGAACCACACAUGUGGAGAUCAUUCAUUCACCUACUCUGCGUCUCACAAAGACAUGGCGGUUGGAACAAAAAAUCUCAAAUUUGGACUCAUCAGACCACAGGACAGAUUUACACUGGUCUUAUGUCCAUUGCUCGUGUUUCUUGGCCCAAGCAAGUCUCUUCAUCUUAUUGGUGUCCUUUAGUAGUGGUUUCUUUGCAGCAAUUCAACCAUGAAGGCCUGAUUCACGCAGUCUCCUCUGAACAGUUGAUGUUGAGAUGUGUCUGUUACUUGAACUCUGUGAAGCAUUUAUUUGGGCUGCAAUUUCUGGGGCAGGUAACUCCAAUGAACUUAUCCUCUGCAGCAGAGGUAACUCUGGGUCUUCCUUUCCUGUGGCGUUCCUCAUGAGAUCCAGUUUCAUCAUAGCACUUGAUGGUUUUUGUGACUGCACUUGAAGAAACUUUCAAAGUUCUUGAAAUCUUCUGUAUUGACUGACCUUCAUGUCUUAAAGUAAUGAUGGACUCUCGUUUCUCUAUGCUUAUUUGAGAUGUUCUUGCCAUAAUAUGGACUUGGUCUUUUACCAAAUAGGGCUAUCUUCUGUAUACCACUCAUACCUUGUCACAACACAACUGAUUGGCUCAAACGCAUUAAGAAGGAAAGAAAUUCCACAAAUUAACUUUUAAGAAGGCACACCUGUUAAUUGAAAUGCAUUCCAGGUGACUACCUAAUGAAGCUGGUUGAGAGAAUGCCAAGAGUGUUGCAAAACUGUCAUCAAAGCAAAGGGUGGCUACUUUGAAGAAUCUCAAAUAUAAAAUAUAUUUGGAUUUGUUUAACACUUUUUUGGUUACUACAUGAUUCCCUAUGUGUUAUUUCAUAGUUUUGAUGUCUUCAGUAUUAUUGUACAAUGUAAAAAAUUAAAUAAACCUGGAAUUAGUAGGCGUGUCCAAACUUUGACUGGUACUGUAUAUAUUUGCUACUUAUCUACAAAAAAAAAUGUUGGUUGUGUCCUUGCCAUUUUCAUACAUAUGUGGGUGUUUGUGCUUGUCUAAAGUGGCUCAUUAGGAGUUCCAGCCAAUAAGACUGAGGUGGUCUUCAUACCUUAGUUUAUGUUUAGAUUUCUGAUCAAACCUGGCUAACCAGAGCACCCUAAGCCAGGUGUAGAGCCAUUAUAAGCCCAAAGGUUGAACUUGUUGUAUUUCUGUGUUGUAAGAAAUACCUGGAAAGGUGAUGACUCGGAUGAUGAUGAUGAUGAGGAGGAGGAGGAGCAGGAAGAUGAUGAUGCCAGCAGUGCAGACAGUGAGCAUGAAGAGAAAAAAGUUAGAUCCAGACGACUUCCUGCUAGAAGGUAAGGAUGUAGUGAAGCCUUGCCUUCAGACAGCUAAUCUGUCCACUUUCAUUUACAUUGUGUGCGAUCAGAAACUAGCUAUAGUAGUGCAUUUUUGGCCUUGAAAGUUCUGUAUGACAGGGUUUCUUUUUAGCCUUCAGUCACAUACAAAAUAUGAAAUCUGUAAAUUCAAAUCUGAUAAUUAUGCAAAAUUGGCCAUAUAUCACAACCCCCUGAGGUGCCUUAUUGCUAUUAUAUACUGGUUACCAAUGUAAUUAGAGCAGUAAAAAUAAAUGUUUUGUUAUACCUGUGGUAUACGUUCUGAUAUACCAUGGCUGUCAGCCAAUCAGCAUUCAGGGCUCAAACCACCCAGUUUAUAAUUACAUUUAGACUCAGAAGGAUUACAAAAUAACGGUUAAAAAUCCCAAAGUCAACCAAAUGGAUGUUCUAAUUAAAGCUCACUAACAUACCAGUUACAUGUUAAGUGUUUUUGGAGUGUCACCUUUUGUGGGUUGACUUUAGGAUUUCCCCCAAUUGAGCACUUAGUGCUCUAAAGGCAUUUUAAUGAAGACAUUCACCGUAACCUUAUCACCAAUAUUAUUCAUAUUGCUGAGGUCAGAGGUUUGAAAGCUGUCUCAAGGCCAUUGGUGUGAGUCAGGUUGUUCGGGGGGAUUAUUGUCCGCUAGAGCUGUUAGAUAAAAACUAGUAAGUAGGCUGUCUUGCAGAGUGGUUAGAAGUGGUAUACAUGUGUGUGUAUUUGACUCAAUAUUUUAGACCACAGACCAAAUCAUCUACAAUCAAAAAACAGCAGCCUCCGAAGGGAAGGAAAACCAGGAAACAAGAGUCAUCUGUGGAGGAAGAUGAUGAUGAUGACGACGAUGACGAUGAUGAAGAUACCCCAAAGAGACAAACCCGGCGAAGGCUGGCUGCCAAAGUCAGGUGUGUCAUUGUUUCACUAGUUCAAUCUAAAAUAUGAAGGAAAGUGUUGCUGUUCCACAUUGCUUCUGUCACAUUACUGUGCAUGACAUGCAUUAUGUUGGUUUGUUCCAGUUACAAGGAGGACCAGAAUGACUUUGAGACGGAUUCUGACGACCUGAUAGAGAUGGAGGGAGCUGAGGUAGAGCCGGAAGAUGACAGUGAGACCAUUGAGAAGAUCAUGGACACCAGAACAGGCAAAAAAGGAGGUGAUGCAUCCUCACUUGGUAUCUUAUUGUUGGUAUCUCACCUGUAUCGUGUUAAUCCAUCUAGUUAGACAUUGCCAGCAGGUGUUGAAAGUGAAGGCAACAAAACUUGUGGCUAGCAUCAGAGGUGCUGAUAUUACCCUGCUAGACGAGACAUCUGUUUACUAGAGGCUGCCCCCUGGUUAGGAAUUUAAACUGCGAAUAAUAUGCAGAUAUUGACAAUAUUAUUGUCCGAAUUUUGUGCGUUUAUCCAUUUUAGCCUGUGGUGCUUCCACUACCCAGUAUGCUGUGGAGGAAAAUGGGGAUCCAGGAGCAGACUUUGACCCUGAGAAGGAUGAAGGAGAGACCCAUUACCUGAUCAAGUGGAAAGGCUGGUCCUAUAUCCACAACACCUGGGAGAGCAUCGACUCCCUCACUCAACAGAAGGUCAAGGGACUCAAGAAACUAGAGAACUUCAAGAAGAAAAACAGUGAGCUCAAUGCUUGGUGAGGGUUUGUUUUGUACACAUAGUUACAUACCACUUAAGUUUUACCUUUCACUGUUGAUGAGUUCUGUUACUGACACUGAUUGUCUUCCAAAGGUUGAACAAAGCAUCCCCUGAGGAUUCAGAAUACUACAACUGCCAACAAGAGCUAACCACUGACUUAAAUAAGCAGUUCCACAUUUUGGAAAGAGUCAUUGGUAAGAAACUAAAUGCCUUUGAAAUUAGUCUUCAUUGACUAGCAGCAAUCGUUCAACAAUUAAAAUAGAUUUGUUUGACAGAAUGUGAUUAUUACAACAGACUUACCCUCUUGCUUAUCAAAAAUAUUUCACAUGCUGUAUCAUAUAUUUAGAGAAUUGGAUUUGGGGAAUGUAAUUUGAGAUUUUAUUUUUCAGCGACUAAAACCGGGAAGACACAGGGACCCUCUGAUUUCCCCUGUAAGUUCCUCAUAUCCUCAUCAACAUUAUCAUGAUCAUAUCUUCAUCAUUAUCAUACUCAGCACAUUUUUAUUCUGAAAAGCACUUUAACUAAAGAUGUUGUUUUCACUGUACAUCAGCUCACAGCCACAAGAAUGCGUCGUCGUCCAAUGAGCCUGAGUACCUGUGUAAGUGGAUGGGCCUGCCCUAUUCAGAGUGCAGCUGGGAGGAUGGAGCUCUGCUGGGGAAGAAGUUCCAGCACUGUAUAGACAGCUUCACCAACAGGAACUCCAGCAAAACAGUUCCCUCCAAAGACUGCAAAGUGAGUGAGGAAAGUGUCCCUACUAGAUAGAUUGCACAUGGUAUCCUAUCACAAAUGGUUUAUUUAAAGUUUACUAAUAUCAGCUAGAACACAAGAACUAUAGCUAUAGUCAUUUCAGAACAGUGCAGUGAUUUUCUAACUCUAAUUUCAGGUGUUGAAACAGAGGCCCAGAUUUGUUGCACUAAAGAAGCAGCCAUCGUAUAUUGGGGAUGAGAACCUACAGCUGAGAGAUUACCAGCUAGAUGGACUGAACUGGCUGGCUCACUCUUGGUGCAGGUACACAUCAAGUCAUGAGGAACGCUGUAUUGAGAAACUGAUUAUUAUAGAUUUGAACAUCACAUUUUAUGGAUAUACUGAUACUAUACUGAGGUGUACUGUCAAUUACCUGCCAUUUAGAUAGUUUGAAUGUAAUGUUUGAAAACGCACUAAUAAGACUCCAUGGUCUGUGUUUUUCAGGUGCAAUAGUGUGAUCCUGGCUGAUGAGAUGGGUCUGGGGAAAACCAUCCAGACCAUCUCGUUCCUGUCCUACAUGUUCCACCAGCACCAGCUGUAUGGGCCCUCCCUGGUGGUGGUGCCCCUGUCCACCCUCACCUCCUGGCAGAGAGAGUUUGACACCUGGGCCCCCGACAUGAACGUGGUGGUCUACCUGGGAGAUGUGAUGAGCAGAAAAUCGGUACGGAAAUCUGCUCUUUACAGAACUCUAAAGAAGCGUUGUGAUCUUUUGCCCAACCAAAAGUAAAUGUUCCCCUCUGCUUUGCUUUUGUGCUCAACAGAUCCGUGACUAUGAGUGGGUAUGCCAUCAGACAAAGAGAAUAAAGUUCAAUGCACUUAUAACCACGUAUGAAAUUCUACUGAAAGACAAGGUAAGGCAUCAGUAUUGCUUGUAAGUAUUUUCAGACUGAUAUAUUUAGAUAUGAGCUUGGAUUUGUACUUGCCAAAAUAGUACAAAUCUUUAUUUUAAUUGUUAAGAACAUAAAAAGUGAAUUGUUUGAUUGAAUGCAACUCUACACUCACUCAAUGUGUGAUCUGUCCAUAGGCAGUGUUGGGGAACAUAAACUGGGCCUUCCUGGGUGUGGACGAAGCUCACAGGCUGAAGAAUGACGACUCCCUGUUGUACAAAACCCUGAUCGAGUUCCGGUCCAACCACAGACUUCUAAUCACAGGGACGCCACUGCAGAACUCUCUCAAAGAGCUGUGGUCCCUUCUGCACUUCCUCAUGCCUGACAAGUAUGUACUUCUCCUCUCUAUUAAAUACAUCAUAUAAACGUUGGCACAUUCUGGCUUUGAAGAACAACUUGUACAUUUGUAUUCAUUUACAGUAAUCUUAUCCUAAUCCAAUUGUACUUUCCCCCUCUGAAGGUUUGAGAAUUGGGAAGAUUUUGAAAGCGAGCAUGGUAAAGGGACUGACAAUGGCUACCAGAGCCUCCACAAAGUCCUUGAGCCCUUCCUCCUGAGGCGUGUCAAGAAGGAUGUGGAGAAAUCCCUGCCUGCUAAGGUAGAACAGAUCCUUCGUGUGGACAUGUCCGCCGUGCAGAAGCAGUACUACAAGUAUGUUCCCUCAUAUGUAGCUUUUCUCUCUAUCAAUGUCUGCCUGUCUGGACAGAUGAUUUGAGCAGUAUCUAAACCGUCUUACUCCUUAUACCUGAAGUUAACUGGUGGUGUGUUUGGUGCUUGUUUCAGGUGGAUUCUGACCAGGAACUUCAGAGCCCUGCAGAAAGGCACCCGAGGCAGCUCCUCUGGUUUCCUCAACAUCGUCAUGGAGCUAAAGAAGUGCACUAACCAUGGUUUCCUCAUCAAGCAGCCCGAGGAGGAGUGUGACACUCAACAGGAGCACCUGCAGGUAGGACCAGCAAUAAGAGCUCAGCUCAACACAUUAAAAUAUGUGUUAUGUGAAUUAGUCUCUACCUUGCAAAUGAUAAGACCGUGAACUAAUUAUCUCCUCUGUUUUUUCCGUUUUGAACGUUGAUUAAUAUGGAAUAGCAUGAUUAAAUGCAACCCACACUAAUAUAUUGGUUUGUUAGGGGUGGAGAACAGAUUUGACCUCUGACCUUGUGUGUAUUUCAGGCGUUGGUGAGGGGCAGUGGGAAGCUGGUGCUACUGGACAAGCUGCUGACCAGACUUCGGGAGAGGGGCAACCGAGUCCUCAUCUUCUCCCAGAUGGUGCGGAUGUUGGACAUCCUGGCUGAGUACCUGGCCCUGAAGCGCUACCCAUUCCAGGUAGGGUAUAACACAGCCCAGGGAAUGGCAAGGCAGCAGGUCCAAACCUUCAGUAGUGUACCUCCUGUUCUUCUUGUAUUCAGUAUGACUUCUUCUUGUUGUUGGUUCUUUUACAUCUCCAUUAUAUGUUAUUCCAUAUUUAUUAUAUUGACUUAGUGAGGGCGUUUACAGUAGAGGAGCUGUUGAGAUAUUGGAGCAGUGUUGGUGUCAACUCUGGUGUUAACCGGCUCAUGUAUCAGUUUUGCUGCAUACAUGCGCUGGCAGACUGAUCGUGUAUAAAGUUAUUUUUAUCCUCAAGUUAUUUUUGAUGGGGACUGGCUGGUCCCCAAAGCCAGAGUGACCACUGUGUCUUCACGCUGGGCCUUAGCAUGGGUAAAUCACUGUAGACAGUUCUACUGCUGUAAUGCUCUUUGACAAUAUGCUGCUUGCCUGAUGGAUGGAUGGUAUAAUGCCAUGUAUAGCUGAGCGUUGCUAAGUGGGAUCUUAGGGUGGUGGGAGUUUCGGCAAGGUUCCAAGGCCUGAGGUCUCUCUCCUUCCCUCUCUUCUCAGCGCCUGGACGGUUCCAUAAAGGGAGAAAUACGAAAACAGGCACUUGACCACUUUAAUGCUGAAGGCUCUGAGGUAUGUAAUCUGUACUAUGUCAUGUUUUAGCUGUUGCAGAUAUGAGGGGUUGAUCAUUUCAGUGUUUGUCAGCUCUGUAUCUGCGUCAGAGCUCAGUUGGUAUGGGUUUCACUUACUCUGUGAUUGUUUAUGCGCCAGGAGAUGUAUACACCGUCAAGAUUACCAUAUUGAUACUAGAAUCUCAUUUUCUUUGAGUGUUAAGAUUUUCUACGUAGAAGUUAUGAUAUUCUGUUAAGUAAAACCCAAUUUUCUUUAAGAAGUGAUAUCAACACAUCUGAUAUCUGAUUACCAUACAAUAAAAGCCACAUGAACAAUUAUCACUCUUGACAUGUUUUCAACUUCAAGCAUUAAAUUCCUUUGCGAUGUUCAUCAGGUCGGCUGUGAUGCACUAUGUAAGGUGGUUAGUUUUGUAUAUAAUAAUUUAUCCUCUCUGUCCAGGACUUCUGUUUUCUGCUAUCCACCAGGGCUGGAGGGCUGGGGAUCAACCUGGCAUCUGCAGACACUGUGGUCAUCUUUGACUCUGACUGGAAUCCUCAGAACGACCUGCAGGCUCAGGCCAGGGCUCACAGGAUUGGCCAGAAGAAACAGGUAACCACAACUAGACCCAUAGUGAUUAGUAUGGAGGGCUGGCUUGGCUAAGCACAAGCUGAAUUUAUUCUGCUAACUUGAACUGAACUAAUAAAAACUGUGACACAUAAUCGUUUUGGCAGAGCCGUCAUGGAAAUGUUGGUCUUUGCCAACUUUCCAAGUAAGACACAAGCAUUUUGCUACACCCGCAAUAACAUCUGCUAAAUAUGUGUAUGUGACCAAUAAAAUGUGAUUUGAUUUAAAAUCUCCUUUGUCUCGCUGAACAGGUGAAUAUCUAUCGCUUGGUCACAAAAGGAUCUGUGGAGGAAGACAUUAUUGAGAGAGCCAAGAAGAAGAUGGUUUUGGACCAUCUUGUUAUUCAGAGAAUGGACACCACUGGUCGAACUGUACUGGAUAACAACUCUGGAAAUUCUAAGUAAGGAAACUUUAACAUGGAAUCUGUUAGUCUGGAUAUAUCUUUAUGUUUGACUAGUAACUGCUGAAAACAUGAGGUUCCUCAGAUUCUUAACUUAACAUCAACUUCUGUUCACAGUUCCAACCCAUUCAACAAAGAUGAGUUGACUGCCAUCCUGAAGUUUGGAGCUGAAGAUCUUUUCAAAGAGGCAGAGGGAGAGGAGACUGAACCUACGGUACAUAGAGACACACAUUUCUAUUGAUUAUGUGCUCUGAAGAGAGUUGAAACCAAUAUAUGUAAGAGUAUGAAUGAUAGAUUUUCAUAUUUCCAUAUUUGCAGAAUGUCUGUGUUGUGUUCCUUGUAAUUUAACUUUCUGUUCUCUAUUGGCCCUCAUAGGAGAUGGAUAUUGAUGAGAUCUUGCGGUUGGCUGAAACCAGAGAAAGCGACCAGGGAUCAAGUGCCACAGAUGAGCUUCUCUCUCAGUUCAAGGUACCUAGAAGUUGAUCCAACUCUGAGUCUGAUUUUAACAAUACCUGUAGUAAAACCUUUAGCUACUGUUCUAGCUAAUACACUAGCCACUCUAUUCCCAGUCUUAGACAGUACAUGUGUUCUGUGUGUCCCUCCAGGUGGCCAACUUCUCCAACAUGGAGGAGAGUGCUCCAGACCUGGUGGAGCGGACGGUGCCUGACUGGGACGACAUCAUCCCUGAGGACCAGAGGCGGAAGCUGGAGGAGGAGCAGAAGCAGAAGGAGAUGGAGGACGUCUACAUGCUGCCCAGGAGCAGGAGCUCCAAUAAAAGGGUUAGCAGGAGAGAACACAUACACACACCUCUCACGUUAAAUCUCCUCUCUAGAGCUGGAGAGAGAUGUGACUGCUCCAUGGUGCAGCACAGUGUGCUGUGUGUGUGAAGGGGCUCCCCUGGGGAGUGUGUGCGCUGCUGAGCUGUGUACUCUCCUGCUCUCAGUCAGGGGGAUCUGAUGGGGUGGUCAUGAGUAAUGAGGUUUUUACUGCCUGCCUCAGUGUAGGUGAUUCCACUGUUUGUGUGAAUCUACCGCAUAAGAAGCUUCCUUAAUGAAUCAUUAGGAUUUAUAGCAGCGCUGUCCCUUGCGAUGCAGCAGUAGGUAUUUAUAUCACACAGAUAAUAUCCUCUCCUGUUGAAGAUGAUCUAAAUUCAUGAAAUUCAUAGAAGAGUAAUCUCAAAAUUAUUCAAUAUGGUGAUUAAAUUAUAAUUAUUGAUGAUUAGAUUUUAUCAUGAUUUUAUUUCAUAUUAUACUAAACCCACAUCAUUAAACAUUGAAGCAUUCAGAAGUAUCCAUAACACAAAAAGGCACUUGGAACUACAUUCAAUAGGAAAUAGGUUUUGCUUGUUGUGUCUGAAAGUAGUCUUGUGUCUUGCAGGCCCAGGCCAACGACAGUGACAGUGACGUUGGCUCCAAGCUGAAGCACCGCUCUUCAGGCUCUGAGAGCGAGACUGACGACAGCGGUGAUGACAAGAAGCCAAAGAGGAGAGGCAGGCCCAGAGCCCGCAAGAACAACGUGGAGGGUUUCACUGAUGCAGAGAUCCGCAGGUACAGUAUGUAGGUCUCUUUAUUCAUUAGACUGAAUGAUUUCUCAAUGUUUUAUUAAACGCUUGGUUAAUGUUUUACUCUUUCCUUUAUCAGGUUUAUCAAGGCUUACAAGAAAUUUGGAGCUCCGCUUGAAAGGCUAGAGUGCAUUGCCCGGGACUCUGAGCUGGUGGAAAAAUCUCAGGCAGACCUGAAGAGACUGGGAGAGCUGAUCCACAACAGUUGUGUGACGGCUGUCCAAGAGCACGAAGAGCACCUCAGAGAGAACCCCAGUGAAGGUGUGUCUGUCUGACUCUGUCUGUCUGCAUGACUCAGUUUUUGGGGAAUUAUGGCUCACAAUAAGUGUGUUGUAAUGUUUUUACUCAUGUAUACCCUGUUCCUUUAGCCAAAGGUCCUGGGAAGCGCAGAGGUAUAAACAUCAAGAUCUCAGGAGUGCAGGUCAAUGCCAAGUCCAUCAUUCAGCAUGAGGAGGAGUUUGAGCCACUGCACAAAGUUGUGCCAGCUAAUCCUGCUGAGAGAAACAAGUAAGAUGCCAUUGCAGGUAUAUCUGAGGCCUGUGAAACAAUAUGCACAGAACAUAAAUAUUCCUAUACGGGUUGAAAAUGGCAGAUUUGGACAAUAAUAAGUGAGUAAAUCAAAACACAGUGGCUGUACAGUAAUAUGCUAUAUGUGACGACAUGCUAUAUGUGACGACAGAGCUUAGGUUCUCCACUUCACAGCUCUGUAUGGGUUUUGAGUGACAGCUGUUCUGAACUUGAGCACCGCACGCGACAAGAAGUUGCUCCCAUCCCUCCCGCUAAUUGGGCAACUUCAGCAAAUGUUUUGAUGUCUGAGUGAGGGAAAUGCUGUAAAUUUAAGAGUACUCAAAGUAUUUUGAAAGAUGAGAAGUUGAGGAUUAUAAUAAAUACCGGUUUUGAUGCCGUACAAGUAAGCCAAACAUCUGUGAGUCCAAAUGUACACUUCACAUUUCCAUAUCAUAAAACUCAUGUCAACGUUUAUGAUCACUAUGUUUAAUGUACAGUUAAAAGAUGACAUGGCGUUAUACUCUGAGUUGUCCUGAUUAGAAUGUUUGCUGUAUUGUGAAGAAAAUAUGCCACGGAGCACGCGUCAAUGCACUCAUGACUCUACGCCCACCAAAAUUACGAUAUGCUUCUCUGAAUUUCCUUGUGAAAGUCUUAACAAUGUAAGAUCGUAUUUUAUAAUACAGCUAGUCAUUUUGGCAAAAGAACAAGCUUUCAAAUGAUGCCCACGUGACCCAGAUUGCGAUUUAUAAUAGAUUUUGGAUUGCAGGGCUGUGUUCAAAACAACUACAAGUGUGCUUGCUCUAGUUCCUCAAUGGCAUAGCUAGGAGAGCUCAAAAAAGCAACUUAUAGAUGAAGACUUCUUUGAAUCAUAAAAGUGCACACUUUGGAGAGUUGUGUGGCCACUUGGAGACCAGUUUGAUCUCUCACUCAAACCCUUGACAUUUUUAAAGUUGCAACUACCCCAAAUGUUCUAAUAAUAUUCUUACCAUGUUACUGAAUGUAUGCAGAGUAUUUCAGAUUUCAUUAUCAACAAAUGCGACUAAAAGCACAGUAAAUGUUAAAUCAACAUAAAAUCAACAGUGUAAUGUUUGGAUUCAGUCUUAUCAGGUGAACUGUUGUGUCCGCACCUUUAGUCUAAUAAUUUACCAUAAUCUCCAAACUAGAACCUUUUAAUUACUACCAUGAUUAUGCAUUUCCAUGUUUCUUCUGUAAGAAACAUUUCAAUGUAUCCCUAUCGGCCAAUUCCCACGAGUGUAAAGGGUUAAAGUUGUAACAACAGAUGCAGACACCAGGGCAUCAUCUUGAUGGGCAGAAGUAGCAGAGGGUUUGACCACCUCUCCUCCUCCUGCCAUAGGUUCCAACUGACCUGCAGAGUGAAGGUGCCUCACUUUGACGUGGACUGGGAUCUGCAGGAUGACACUCAACUGUUGCUGGGGGUCUAUGAGCAUGGCUACGGCAACUGGGAUCUGAUGAAGACAGAUCCGGAUCUCAAACUUGCAGACAAGGUAACCAUCAGAAUGUCAGAAUCACACAUUUCUCAGAUAGCUGUGGAACUCAAUGAAGCUGUGUGUGUGUUAGAUUGGAUCCUGGUAACAUUUUUAUUCUUCUUCUGGUAACAAAUUGUAUUCAAAUCUGUAUUCCAGAUUCUCCCCGGUGACCCAGAAAAGAAACCCCAAGGGAAGCAGUUGCAGGGCAGAACAGACUACCUUCUGAAGAUGUUGAAGAAAGAAGUGGACAGUAACGAUGUCACUAAGGAGGAGGUAAGCAAAGACCUCACUGCUCUGUUUAUCAGGACCAUAGGGAAUGCCUAUGCAUCUGAACCCUUGGAAUAUCUAUAUGCAAAUCCAUUCGAUAAUGCUCUUCAUACCUUACAUUCUGUCUGGGAAUGGUCUCUUCACAGUAGAGUACAUAUCCCCUUGGCUGAUCAUAUCUCCCCCCCCCCUCAGGCCAAAGUGAGGAAGAGGAAGCCUCGGGUGAAGAAAGAGAACAAGGCCCCUAAAGAUGAGCAGGGCAAUGACAUCUCCUCCCCUCGCCUGUCAGACAACCCCUCCGAGGAAGGGGAGGUGAGGGUAAGUCACCUCAAAAGACCCAGCACAACCUGCCUAUCAACCACCUGCCUUUUCACAAGGGAAUUUCCCCUUGGUUACAGAAUACCGGGAAAAAGAACACAAUGGUAACACGAUGUAGUCUUUGUAGUCCACCAGAACUGGUUUACUUAUUUACCUUUCUGUGUUUUUUAUUUAACUAGGAUGACGGGACAGAAAAAACUCCCACAAAGAAGAGACAGAAGAAGAAGGAUAACAAAGAGAACAAAGAAAAACAGGGAACUCCUAAAAAAGAGAAAGAGGUGGACAAAGACAAAAAACGUCCCAAGACAAAAAAAGAAAAGGUACUUUAGAAGUCGUGAACUUUAUGCAUUGUGCUGCGGUAGUGUAUAAUUUCACACCCACUAACCUUUCCUGUUUCUGAACAAAUGGGGAACUUUUGUUGGAAGGUGGAUGUACAGAUUAGGUUAUCAGAUUGUUCUUGGACCACCAGGGUGAAGUGUCACUGUGCAGGUGUUUGUGUGGAGAUCUGUGUUGCCCUGCUGAGUGGUGUCUGUUUGUCUGUGUCUCAGGCUAAAGGAGCCAAAGGGAAGAAGCCCCAGGGGCCGGUCCACAUUACUGCUGGGAGUGACCCUGUUCCCAUUGGAGAGGAGGAUGACGAGCUGGACCAGGAGACCUUCAGCAUAGUGAGUUAUUACACCAUGUCACUACUGACGUGGACAGGAUAAGGAUAUAUUAUUCACUACAUACAAGACUAAUGUAGGUGUUAAUAACAUUUUACAUUUAAGCAAUAAGGCCAGAGGGGGUGUGGUUAUAUGGCCAAUCUACCAUGGCUAAACUUGUAGUGUGUUUUCGUUUUUAAAAGGCUUCUAAAGUUUGUCCUAAUGAAAAAUGUAUCAACCCCUACAAAAGUUAUAAUUCACAUUUCCUGUUGCUGCAUGAUUAUUUUCCUGCAGUAGCAAACUGGAUCAAAUUGAGAUCCUACAUCUGUACAGCUGAGGAUAUUUGAAACACAUGGAUCAUUUUUGACCAAGAGCUCGUAAACUGUGUGUGUCUCCAUCCAGUGUAAGGAGCGCAUGAGGCCGGUGAAGAAGGCCCUGAAACAGCUGGAUAAGCCUGACGAGGGCCUGUCUGUUCAGGAGCAGCUCCAACACACACGCACCUGCCUGCUGAAGAUAGGAGACCGCAUCACUGAGUGCCUUAAAGCCUACAGCGACCCAGAGCAUGUCAAAACAUGGCGUCGGUAAACCCUCAUUCAACCAUAAGUUAUAUGUGCACUGAAGGUUUGAUUAUGAAACCUACUCCCUGGUUAUUUAGGUCAAUCUAUGUUUUUAAUUCUGAUACCAUUUGAGUUUCAUUAAAAUCGUUCUCCAUAUUGAGGGUAACUCUUACCAAGAUGUCUCUCUUUGUUUGGCAGGAAUCUCUGGAUAUUUGUGUCCAAGUUCACAGAGUUCGGCGCGAGGAAGCUUCACAAGCUGUACAAGAUGGCUCAGAAGAAGCGGUCUCAGGAGGAGGAGGUGAGGUGAUCUCUUUUCUCCCAGUAUCAAACCUAGUGAUGAGCAAUUUAACCAACCUUUCUGGGGUUUUCUGGUUAUUAAACAACUAACUGAAAUUAAUAUGUCUAAAUGACGUAAAUGUAAAAUCAUUGUAACGUCAUUAUUUCAUAAUACAUUUAAUUCAUAAUUUUUUAUUGAAACUGAAAACUAUUAUUACUUUUUAAUAAUCUAACCGACCUCAAAAAGCACUAAUCGCUCAGCACUAAUCAAAACUCGCAGGUUUUUAUAACAAGUACAGUCAGCCAAUCAUUUAUCUGAUAUUUUUGCUCAGUCCUCUGCUUAACCCUUCCAUUGUCCUUUGCUAAUUUUCAGAAGGAGCAUAGAAAAAAGGGGGAUGACCCGUCGGGCAGGAAGAAGCCUUUCAGAGCAGAGCCGUCAGGUUCCAGUCGAGACUCCACCAGCACCCAGCCAUCGUCUAAGUCUCAUCCAGGCAUGCCUCGCCCCUCUCCCACAUCCCCCCAUGGUCACCACAGAGAAGGCUACAACAAGUCCAACAACAGACACUUUGGAAAUGAUGGUAAGAGCUGUUUAUUUGGUCUUAUCCAAUCUGAAGUAUGCAACUCUACAACUUGGCAGCAAUUGUGGGGAUUUCUAAUUUUAGAUAUGAGCACGACAUAUCUCAUGGCCCACUGUAUUUUAUCUCAUGAUGACAGAUCGAGGAGAUUGGCAGAGAGAUCGUAAAUACAACUACCCUGGAAAUAGCAACCAGUCCUGGCAAGGCGAGCGACAUCAUCCAUAUGAUGCCCAUCGGUAUAAGGACCAUCACUAUGGCGACCGUCGUCCACGUGAAGACUCCUACCGCAGCAGCUCUAGUAGUUACCGUAGCGGUAGCAGCAACUCCCCUCGGAAGAGGCCAUAUGACCAGUAUGACAACGACCAGGAUCACAGGGACCGGCGGGCAUAUUACGACAGGUGAGAAACACUCACAAUUAGGCCUCAUCUUUCGAAACCAAUAAUGUCUAGAUUUGUAUUUGUCAGUAUUGGAAUUUAAUGCUAAAACCGUAAGUGUUGUGGUAGCUUGUAGCUCUGUAGUAGUAAGCUUUGUAAGACAUCAUCCCUCUCGCUUCAGACAUCCAGACGCGAAGCGGAGACGCGGCGAUGACUUCCGUCCUCCCCAAGACUUCAGGAGUGGAGGAGGCCAUCCCCAGGACUUCAGGGGGAGGAUGCUGGAGCAAAGGGGGCCGACAGGGCCAGAACACUUCACCCGGCCCUAUCCAGACAACAAACCCCCUCCCCUGCUGGACCCACGGUCCUCACAGGCUCAGAAGUCCCCCCAGGACUCACGCUCGCCAACCGCAGAGCGGACUGCAGAGCAGAAAGCAGCUGGGGCUGAUUUAAACUGGAACAACAGGAUGACAUGA